CGACAUCAUUUUGUUCCCACUUUGUGUUUUCCACUAGAAAUUGAAACUUUUACCUCUCAAGUUUCGACAUUUCUUUCUUGCCAUCAAUUUUUUCAGUCUUCAGUUUUUUCCAUCAGUUCAGAUCAUCCCAAUACGUAAAGCCAAAGAGAAAUAUAUAAAAUUUGGCUAUUACAUGUAAGACAGAAGAAGUUAAAUUUAUGAUUCUGUUUUCAUAGAAGGAAGCUAACAAGUCAGGCUUCCUUUCCACAUUUCAAUUUCUGGAAGGGGAAACAAUAUCCUGUCAACCCUGAUAAAAUAAUUUGCUUGUAUACAUAGUGGAAAUCGAUUGCGAAAAUAGUACAAAGAGCUUCAGUUUUUUUAAGGAAGAAAGAUUAAAUCUUGACAGCAAGAAGAUGUGGCAUCCUUGGAAGAAAGGGGCAUCAGGGUUCUCUUCUCAAUCAACAGCUGAGGAAGUUGCUCGCGGGAUUGAUGCUUCUGGCCUCACUGCCAUAGUUACAGGAGCAUCAAGUGGCAUUGGAUCAGAGAUAACUGGGGUCUUAGUUUUGCGUGGUGCUCAUGUAAUUAUGGCCGUGCGUAAUGUGGAGAGCGGCAAAAAAGUUAAAGAAGACAUCAUUAGAAAGAUUCCUGAGGCUAAAAUUGAUGUUAUGGAGUUAGACCUCAGCUCCAUGGCGUCAGUUAGGAGAUUUGCUUCAGAAUACAAUUCCUCGGGUCUUCCUCUCAAUGUUCUAGUGAACAAUGCUGGAAUUAUGGCGUCACCAUUUGCACUUUCACAGGAUGGGAUAGAGUUGCAAUUUGCAACUAAUCAUAUAGGUCACUUUCUUUUGACAAAUCUACUGCUGGAGAACAUGAAAAGAACUUCACAUAACAGCCAGAGAGAAGGGAGAAUAGUUAAUGUUUCAUCAGCUGGUCAUAAACUUGUUUACCGUGAAGGGAUUCGUUUUGACAAAAUAAAUGAUCAAUCAAGCUACUAUUCUUUCCUUGCCUAUGGGCAAUCAAAGCUUGCUAACAUAUUGCACGCUAAUGAGCUCGCAAGACGUCUAAAGGAAGAAGGGGUAAAUAUAACAGCUAAUUCAGUACAUCCUGGAGCUAUUAUGACCAACCUUAUGCGCCACCAGAAGUUAAUAGAGUUUGGUGCAACUUUGAUUUCCAGACUACCUUUCAUUAAGAACGUUGAACAGGGUGCAGCCCCUCCUACCUAUUUAGCCUUACAUCCACAGCUCCAAGGAGUAAGCGGCCAGUAUUUUUCGGACUGUGAUAUAGCUAAUCCGAGUUCUUUGGCUAAGGAUUCAGAACUGGCAAAGAAGCUAUGGGAAUUUAGCUUGAACUUGACGGAUCCCAAGUAGUUUGCAGAACACACUCUUUCUCAACUCAUCAAGGGAGUGUGAAUGUGGGUUGUAUUUCUUUGGAAACAUUUAUAGUUUUAUACGGAUUUCCUUCUUUACUGUCUUUGUGCAACUGUUCAAGCAACAUAUGCGAUGGAGAGAAACCCUUAAAAUGCUUGAUGAAGGAGUCUUAUCAGAGAACUGGUGAGUGUUCUUUGCUCGUUUUUUCUUUAUUAUAAGUUAUUUUUGAGACUUCUUUUGUCCUAUUUACAAGGCAUUUGAUAUCUUUAAGAUUUUAUAAAUUUCAGCUCCAUUCUUUUUAAGUUGACUAAACUUUGUUUCGACGGGUGUGUCAAUUAUGUUUUUAAUAUGGAUAAUAAUUCAUUAAUAAAUCACUAAUGUUUGAAAAUAAUUAAUAUUAGGCAAUUUAUAUGGUGAUGUUCACCAUAUAUGGUAUACUUGUUUUAGAGUUUGUGUUACACGCAAGUUUAAAGAGAAUAAAUUUGUUUUUUUUUCGAAAUAAAAAUCCAUGCGCAAGUGGGUAACAUAUUUUUUUCCCAGGGAAUAUUAGUGUAUACAUCCCAACGUUUAUAUCCAGCUAGUCAAUUAAUCCCAAAGUUUUAAAAUUAGUUAAUUAUGUCUCAAGAUUUUCAAAUUUAGUAGAUCCAUCCCAUAACCUUCAAACCAAUAAAAUUGACCUGCUAUAACAAGUAAAAAUAAUUUGGAUCCAAUACUUAACAAUAUUAUUUUUUAUUUUUUUAAUUUUUUAAAACUUUGAUUCAUUGAAAGAGAAACAACAUUAGCAAAACAAAGAAAUUUAAAUUGUUAAAUUAAUUUUUAAUAAAUUUAAUAUUUUUCUUAGUUUAAUUUAUCUUAAUUUGUUGAUAAAAUCUACAUCCCAAUUUUUUUAAUUUUAUUUUGAGUAAAAAAAAGAAUGAUUAAAAUUUCACAUAUGUAUCUUUGUAUUCAUUAAAUAAUAAAUUUUAAGUUCAUUCUAACUUUGUAAGUUUAAGUUUGUGAGG